UCAAAUGACUGUGGACCGCACUGUCCGGCUGGCUGUUAACAGCAGAGUCCGUUUUUCCAUCUUUGAAGAAAAAAUGGCACGAGCUUCCUAUUGAAACGUCAUUUCCGGCUCCUCUGUCUCAAAGCAAGAUGGCGGCCGUGAUAGAGAGAGUUGAUGGAUGUGUUGGGUCCUUGGACUCAGAUAUCGUGUCACUAAGACAUACACCCCCUCCAUCGGACCAGCAGCACCAGAACAACCCCCUGCUGGGCCUGCCCAUCGUGGCCAUCGAGACCAUCCUCAACUUCCUGUCCUACGAUGAGAUCAGCCUGCUGCGCUCGGUAUGCAAGCGUAUGGACAUGAUUUGCCAGCGUGUCCUGAAUCAGGGAUUCCUGAAGGUGGAGCGUUACCACAGCCUGUGCCAGAGGCAAGUCAAAGCCCAGCUGCCCAGGGUGGGAUUUAAGUUCUUGAUUCCCAUCAAGGACUAG